CGGAAGUAGCCAAGCCCGUCAGCCGUCCACUUGGCAGACGGCGAGUGAAAAGCGCCGAGGGAGCUGCUUCGAUGCGCUGCAGCGCUCCGGGCGCCGUGUAAAUUUGAUGCCCCAAAACUGGCGUCGUAGUGCAGGGCAGCAUGUCCGAAACCUACGAUUAUCUGUUCAAGUUCCUGGUGAUCGGCAGUGCGGGAACGGGCAAGUCAUGCCUGCUUCACCAGUUCAUUGAAAACAAGUUCAAAGCCGAGUCCAACCACACCAUCGGUGUUGAGUUUGGCUCCAAGGUGGUGAAUGUCGGCGGCCGGUCCGUCAAACUGCAGAUUUGGGACACUGCAGGCCAGGAACGAUUCAGGUCUGUGACAAGGAGCUACUACCGAGGAGCCGCAGGUGCCUUGCUGGUGUACGACAUCACAAGCCGGGAGACGUACAAUGCCCUGACGAACUGGCUGACGGAUGCGCGCACUCUGGCAAGCCCCAACAUCGUCAUUCUGCUCGUGGGAAACAAGAAAGACCUGGAGGACGAUCGCGAAGUCACCUUUCUCGAGGCGAGCCGGUUCGCCCAGGAGAAUGAGCUCAUGUUCCUGGAGACCAGUGCCCUGACGGGCGAAAACGUGGAGGAGGCGUUUCUCAAGUGUGCAAAGACAAUACUGGCGAAGAUCGAGUCUGGCGAACUGGACCCAGAGCGCAUUGGAUCGGGGAUUCAGUAUGGUGAGGCGACGUUGCGCAAGCUGAACCGCUCGCAGCAGCAGCGACGCCCAGGCGCAGAGUGCUCCUGCUGAUGUCAAGACGAGACACUUUUUUUCUUCUUCCACGAUACCCGCCGUCCCCUCAUGUUCUCAGCACGAGAGGGAGCGCACACAUCCCACGGCGAAAGCCCUCUGAUGGUUGAAGGCUGCAGAGAGCUGCCUCUGCAGCACUCGCACCACGUCACCCUUGUUUGCCAAUUCUCAAAUGUUUCCACCUUUGUCUGUCCUGUCUUUAGCUUGUUUUUUUCUCCACGUUUUUUUUUUUUCAGUCCCUCUUGUCGUUGUCAUGUUCUUGAUUACGAACUGUCUUCCUCACAUGGCUCUGUUGUAGUGUCUUCUUGUGCUUUUAGGCCAUUUAAAAUCUGUCUCUUCAGAACACACGCUUGGAAGCACUGUGAAUACUAUACCAAGAAGAUGAGGAUGUUCGUUUUUUUUUUUCUUCUUCCUUUAUAUAGAGGGUCUGCUCAUAGCAUUCAGGUGACUUGUCUGUUGUUUGUAUUAAGUUAGUCUGUGGCCGCAUCCGCACAUUUAGAAGGCUCACUGCACUGAAUCCGUAUUCGGUUCAUUGUGUCUUGUCGAGACAGUUGGUAUGAAUACGGGCUGAAUCCAAUGACGGAGCUGUCUGUCGACAGGCUGGUUUGAAGUGCUGCAAACCUUGGACUUGAAGACGAGCUUAGUUUGAAUGCUACUCCUUUGGAACCUCAUCAUUUGCGCCCUAUUUUGUUCUCAGUGCCUUUCGUGGCCAUAUUUUGCAAGUUUCACAGUCACAUGCCAUAGUUAAGCAACUUUCUUUUUUAAUGUCUGUAAAGUGCAAAGGGCCUUUUUUCUUUGUACAUUUGUGGGAGUCGUAGUGGUGUGCCUAUGGUGUGCUAGUACUAGCUGUUGUCGGGCACAAUUUUCUCAGAGGUCAGCGGGUUGGAAAGCUAGAAGCUUUUGGCAUGUCAGUGAGGUGCCACCCUGUCCGGCAUGCCGUCGUCACCCGUGCUGGCUUCCGUGUGAAAGUCUCGUGCAGAUAGGUACCUGCAAGACUCGUGCUUUGUCAACUUUUGUUUGAGGUCCGGAAAAAAAUCCAUUGAGUUUUUCGCAGUUUCUUCUAGUUGGAAGAGCCUGCGUGAAGUCUCGCGUGACUCAAGGACAUUGUUGAAACUUUGUUGACAGCAACAUAUCACCGGAAUCGGAAAGCAGAUUGUCUGCGUCUCGCGGAUGUUGCAGUCGAGCGUGUGGUCGAGUUGACUCGACAGCGAUGUCAUGCUCGCCGUUGGUCAUUUUAACAAGUCAAGCGAAGGUUGUUGAUGUGAAAAGGGGCAGUGCAUUGUUGCAAGUUUUUCGGAAGGUUGCUGAUCUAUGGACGGUAGGCAUUAUCGGAUGGAAGCAAAUCGGAGAUGAAAUCAAAUGGCACAUGGGAGACAGAGAUAUAAAGAGAGCCUUUGAUGCUUUAAAUGGCAGUGGUGCUCUUUUUCAUGGAAAGGAAAUUUCAGAUUGGCUUCUGAAGUGUGUGGCUAACAGAUUGUCUGGGUCUCUGGCUUCCCACAGCCUAUGUUUGUCUAGUCAGAUAGUCCUCUUUUUCUUUGUGUUCCACUCAAUGUAGCUGUCGCCAGCUCUGCAUGUCGGAGCUUUUCUCUUCACUGCUCCUAAUAAAUGAGAUGCCGGAGACGAAGCAUUUUUCUCCUCGUAUACCUGUGUGCAUUUUGCUCGGUGCAUGUGAAUCUGUUAGUGGGUUCUUAAUGCUCCGUAUUUAUUUUACAACUGCUGAUCUGUGUGUGUGCUAGUGUUUUUUUUUUUAAUUGAGCCUCUGCUGCUAUGCUUGCAAGGAUAGGCCGCAGUUUUUUUUUUUUUAGUAUACUAUAAAGAAGCACAUGCAUCGUGGGAGACUGUAAUUAACCUAGAAUGCAGAGUGCAACGUUGGACGAGUUGGUGCGCACAGCUUAACGAUAAAAUUUUGGCACAAACCUAAAACAAAAGUGGAAGAACAACAAAAAAAUUGAGAAAGGCAUUAUGAGAACCCUUUCCUGACCUUCUCUCGUUUUUUUUUUUUUUUUCCUUAUUCUUUGUGCCGCAACUAUUUCGUUAAUCCAUCUGGCAUCCUCAUUUCGUGCUUGUAUGUUUUCGAGUUAUGAAUGUUGCAUGUUUCCCACCGCUCGUCCAGACUGGAGGGGCGUUCGAGUGAAUCUCGCAGCCCGUAUUAUUGGUGCUUUCUUUUUUAAACAUUCCAUCUGACUGAAGUGUGGGUACAUCCUUCAGUUUUCGUCCUUGGUUGCCUUGAGAGACGUGGGGCAGGGGCCGAGCACAAGCAAAGUAUUGAGUGCAAUAAUAUAGAGACUCUCUUUCGGCAUUAGUCUGGGAGCCUGGUAUGUGUUCAGCUAGUAAUUGUGUUUUCUGUUCAAAGAAAGAAAAGAACGAAUUUUGAAGGCUGGGAAGAAACGUUGCGUUGUAGUUUUUAGCAGCUCACAUGUCUUUAGCAUAGUUACAAGAGUAAGGAAAUUACAAAAUUUUUGGGGGAGAAGAAAGGGAAAUAUAUUGUGGAUUCCUCUACAACAUGCGUGCUUCUUUGCACAGCCAACAAUUGUGUCGAUUGGAAUUGACCUGAAAGCUUUUGCGACCAGUGCAAUGUGGCAUCGUGAAGGCUCUGGCUAACCACUUAUGUCAAGCUUGUUAAUCUUCUGUCCAGCUGUUUGUACUUGAGGUCACCAACGGGAGCUGUGGUGUCAGUCUGUUGGUCACGAUAUCAGUGAGCAUUGAAGAAAAGUCUUUUGUAACAGGCUUGUAAAGCUUGUGUAGUUGAGAACUAAACUCUGGUUUUGGCUUUACACUUACACGCAUUCUGAAAGUUUUAAUGAAGGUAAUUUAAAUACAAAAGGAUGCUUCUACAAAACCUUCUGCGAGAUAACUGAAUUAAUUGCCCAUAUUACUGAAUUUGUGACAUUUGUUAAGGCUAGAGACCUUCUUCUUGUACAGAAUAAAAAAAAAAAAUUAAAGAAUCUAAGCAGUAUCAUGCUGCAGUUGCCGCCGCGAAGGCUCACCCGAGCAUUCGACAUCAAAUAUCGCUUUUGUCGAGGGGGAGGGGGGGAUUAUCAGAUUUUUUUUUCAAUGUUGGAUUGUGCGAUGUGUAAAGUUCAUAAUACAACUUUUAUAAAGGUACUGCGGUGACUCCGCUACAGUUGCAUUUGGAGAUGUUCGAGGGAUUGUGCUUUGUCAGAGCCUACUGUUUGCAGGCUGUAUGCAAUCUCCCUGUUCCGAGGGUAUUAAACUGGGCACUUCUCUGGUUAGCCUCCCUGCCUUUCCUCGUCUUGCCUUUCUCUUCGUGCCGAACAGAUACAGAAAAUAACAUACGUUACCACUCUUUCUCAAUUCUAUGUUUAUGCUAAUGUCUCCUUUCUAUAAGAGUAAAUUCUCAAAUCUUCGUUGGGCUGGUUGUCAUAGGCUACGGUCCUACGUGUCUGCAUUGGUCCCCGAGUGCCGCGUUCACAAAAGCCUGUGCAGUGUUUGCAAGUGCUGCAUAUUUCGUGUUAAUGUCAUUCUUAGCGCAGUUGGUUAGCAUCUUGAAUUAAAAGUGCAAGUCACACCCACCCCCUCCUGCACAUACACACGUGUUGCAUUUACACAUCAUCAAGCACAUGUUUUAAAUGGGGCGUCUCUAACCAUUGUACUAUAGCCUCUGCACAACAAGUUUGGUUGUGAUCGAUAGUGUGCCUCCUAACUGUGAUUACUUUUUUGUCUCGUGUAAACUGCAGUGUCACGUUAUUUCUUUCUUAUUUGUUUUAUUUUGUAUUCAAGUUCACGUACCGUCGUAUGACGUUUUGACGGAUGUGCUCUUUCAGUGUUAUGUUCUCGGUACUUGGGUACAAGAAGCAGUCAUUGUUAAAGCUACCAGUGUUAUUUUUGAGCCUCUCGUCAACACGCAUACACACAUUAAUAUAUAUAUACUAUAUAUACAACAAGACAUUCAAUAUAUAUAUAGGUAGCAGCUGACAUGUAUAUAAGAUUUAUCUUUUAAUAAAAUGAUCCAGCAGUUCAGAAAUACU